AGUGGCGACAUGAGGGUAUCCCCAGUGGAGAGCAACAGGAGGGCUAAGUCAUCUACCUCCUAAAGACAGAGGGUCAUCAGACACGACCAAGACAGUACCUCGGCCCCCACCACUUCCAACCCGUGUAAUCUGAGAUGAGUCACGUCAUCUAUCUGAGACUGAGUUUCUCCAUCCAUCAACCAGGAGUAGAAUAGUGACCACCUCCUUGAUUUGUAGCAAGAAUUACCUGUGCAUUGCGUAGUGGAUGAUUACACUCUGGAAAGGAGGCCCGGUAGCCAGCCUCCAGGUGAGCUCACGGCAGGUCGGCGCCACGAAGCUGUAUCUGCCCAGCCGGGACGAUGUCCGGACGCCCGGUGAGCCGUUCCAACAUCCACAGCCGCUUGAACCAUCCCCACAACGUGUCCUUUGCGGCCCAGGCUCCAGGCUGGCCCCACGGCCCCGGUGUGAGCGGGGCUGAUGGUGUCAAAUGCCCCCGCACCCCGAGCGGCUCUGAGACCAGCAGCUGCAGCCCCUCCUCGGAGCAGCCCGACAGCCCCAGCUUCUUCAGACUCCCAGUGAGGAAAAUCUGCAUGGGCCGCCCCUACAACUCCAAGUUCGUAGAGACAAGCCACCUGGAGAACCACCCCAACGUGGCCAGAAAACCCGCUUACCAUGGCGGCCCCCGCUACCUGCUCUGUACAGAACGUCCCUCAGGCCCCUGUAGCCCCACCUUCCUGGACCAACUCAUCAAAGGCAUCAACUACCUUGACAGAUCCACCAGUGCCUUCUGCUCCAAAUCGUCACUGAGCCUGCCCAGGCUUGCAGCCAACUGCCUGGAGCGUGCGGCCACCUCCAUCCACCUGGACCACCCAGACCACGCCUUCCCCCGUAGUUACUCCAACCCCGUCACCGGCGUGGCCGCCUCCGACGACUACACCAACACCUGCACGGGGCCGUCCACCGGGGGCGUCAACGCUUUGCAGUGUGUGGAUGGGCCUGCCAACGCCAGAUGCCCACCCCGGCUUCAGAGACGGAGCCUCACACCCGCGCUGCCGCAGAGGCCGGGGACGAAGCUGCCUGAGCUCCCCUUGUUCGGCAACGGGAUCUUUUCCCUGGGUCACCUGCCCAAGUUCUGGGAGGCAAUCCGCUCGGGCUGGAGAGCCCCCGAGCCCAUCUCCAAACCCUGUAGCUGGUGGUAACAUCGACCGCGAAAUGGGUACAGGCGCAUCGGGCCGCAGCGGUAGAAAAUAAAUGGUCUGUGGCAA